UUCAAGCUUCAAGCAGACAGAAGCAGAGGCAGCUGGUUGUUGUUGUCCUUCCAACAAAAUUCCAUUUAUUCGAUUCGAAUUCUUUUUUAGAAUCCACCCAAGAAAUAGGAAAAAAGUUCAAAGUAACGUUUGGUGUUGUUCAAUAAUCGAGGAUUCAAAUUCUUUGUGACAAGUUUUGGGGAGUGCGAACGAAUUCGAAAACUGGAUCACUCUUAACAAGGUCGUUGUGGACAAAAGAAAAAAUGUGAAUUUUCUGCAUCACCCAUCGCAUCGUUUAUUAUAAUACACAUUCAAUCGGAUUGAUAUCCCCGUCCAGAUCAAGUGAGAACAACGGGAAAGUGGUUCAGUAGAAGAGAGUUCAAACUUGGAUUCACAUUUAGUAUUGUGAUACACCGCCGGAGGAGAAGAUGUCGGUUACAUUCGAACAGAUUAUUUUGGACGCCAAAAGAAUCGCCAAUCGGCUGAAGGACCGUGAAGCUCUUGGAGAUUCUCUACUGCUGGAGACGGAGUCCGUGAACAAGCAAAUCGAAUCGAUGCGACAAUUUCAAGACGAUAUCGACAUAUUGAACAAGCUGGCGCGGGAUCGCUCCAACAAUCAACUGAUCACAAUCAUUCACCAGGAGAAUCCACAGAUCCGGGAAAUCCAGCAGGAGAAUCGACUGUUGAAGGCGGCCUUGGAAGAUCACCAACACACACUGGAGCAUAUAAUGACCAAAUACCGAGAACAUACCCAAAGCAAGAUCCUCAACACGAAGGUUAACUUUGUGGAAGUGUUCAGCAAGCAUCAGCAGUUUAAUGAGCAGAAGGACGAGGUGAUUCGGCAGCAAACACAGAAGAUUCAGGAAAUGGCAGCCGUCAUGCAGCGCGCCUCUCAAUUGGAUGAGGAAAAGUUCAACCAAGAUCAGGAGUUUCUCAGUAAGCUGAUCACAGAAAACAAGGGCCUCCGAGAACUGUUGGAGAUUUCACACAAGUACGGUUCGAACGGGCAGAGAAUUCUAGUCGACGAUAAAUCCACUCAGACCGACACCCAUCUGUUAGAUGCGCCAACUGCAUCCACCUCGAAGAGUGCAACCAGCAGUUUCAAUGAUUCUUCAGCCUCGAACACCGGUACGAUCAAGGUCAGCCCAUCGUCCCUGAAGUCACAAGCCGCAUCUUUGGCAUCUUCUGCGUCAGCUCCCACGGCGGUAUCUUCUACGCCAAGCGGAGUCAGUUCGACGGUAUCCACCCUCUCGUGACGAGAUUCCGACGAUAGCCAAGUGUCCGUAUUUUUCUGCUGCCAGUCGGCAUUAUUGUAAUACUUUUAAUCAAGAAUUCAGGAAUCGUGUCGAACGGUAAAAAUAAACCCACAUUUUUUAAUGACAUUCACACCAUUUGCAAUCAUUCGCUCACUUGUGCUCACAAACACACUUCACACACACCUAACUUGAACAUUUUGUUUAAAUUAUUUAAGAUGUUGCGUUUAUGUUUUGUAGUUUAGUUGCAAUUGGCAAUACUUUGUAGCAAUUUAUACCAUAACCAGCAAUAAGUAAAUCUUACUUUAUUUGUUGAUGCACUCCUCCUUUAUCUCUCACCUAGUUUUAUAGUCAGGACAUUUCUAGACAGUUGCAGAUGUAUUUGGGCUUAUUCUACGAGUCGAGUGACGUGAGGUGAGUCGAUUUUAGCAAUUCUCACGUGAGGUGAUGUUAUUCAAAUGGGGCUAUACGACUCUUCUCACGUCAUUCGAGCACUCUCACGUCACUCCACUCGUAGAAUAAGCCCAAUUAGUUCAUAAAAUCACUUAGACCAAUUCGGAACUUCCUCACAUAACAAUGAUGUAAUUGCACUGUUGUGUAGAUAAAAAACCACUUGAAUUUUGAUUCUUUUAGAUUUUAGAUAAUUUUGGUUCCCCAAUUUAUAUAGUAAACGCUAUUGAAUUAAUAAACCUUCAAGUAGUAAAA